GACCUGAGCUGAAGUCGGAUGCUUAACUGACUGAACCACCCAGGAAAAGAAGAGUCUCAAGUGGACGUGCAAAGCUUGUGGAGAGAAGCAGUCAUUUUUGCGGACUUACGGCGAGGGUUCCGGUGCUGACUGUAGACGCCAUGUCCAAAAAUUAAAUCUGCUGCAGGGACAGAUUUCAGAGAUGUCACUCAGAUGAUGACAACAACAUAAUGAAAUUAGGGAACACGGAAGACAAAGGGGAGAGCUGAAGAGUAGGUGGAGAGAAGAGAGAUCUCCUACAAAGGAACAUCAGACACCCGACUUGUCAGUGGUAACGUCAGAAACAAGAACACAGACUGGUAUCCUCAGACUGUUGAGAGAUGUCCUUUAUUGAUGGAGUUGAGUUCCUGAAUCAGAAAGGUGAGCAGACUUCUAGCCAGUGGGUGCUAGGCCACUGCUCUGGUGAACACUGGAUUAUCAGCCAUGUGGCAGGGUAGGUGUUUCACAUGCAUGAUCUAAUUUCCUCAUCAUAAUCACCCUGUGAGGAUUAUUGGCUUCUGCGUACAGAUGAACAGAAUCAAGUACAGACGCCCACAUUUGGCAGAGUUGGCAGUUCGCAUAGCUCACCAGGGAGAGUGCCCUCCUGAUUGUGUGAUGUAACCACCCUGUGUGAUAUGGGUGGGGCUGGCCUUGUGCUAACCUCCAGCCCUUGCAUGGUAAGUAUUUACCCGCCCCUCAGUCCCAUUAGAGACCACAGAGGCUCUGGCUCCCCACUCUUCUUUAUGUGGUGGAAGAGCCCUGAUCCUCUUCCCUGUGCUGUUCCCUCCCUGUGACACACACAGUGCCUCUCCUGUCUAGUAAGGGUUGAGGUAUGACUAGAAAGACUUAUAUAACCCUAUGCAGUAGAGACCUCUCCAUUGCUGAUGGGAGGGACUCUGUGGUACAGGAGUUCAGCUGACAUUACUCUCCGUGUUCCAGGCCCUCAGCCAGGCAUGUGCACACACUUUGUCACGUUUGUCUUCACAGUCACCCAUGCAGUAUUGUCUUUUGUGGAUGAGGGAAGCGGGGUAAAAUGAUGAACCCAAAGUCACACUGACAAUGACCGCCAGUCAUUGGCAAAGACAGGAUGCAAACUCUGGUCUCUCCAGCUUUAGAGUCUGCCCUGUGUCACCUUUCCUGUUGUUGGUGCCUCUGCCCAGGCCUCCUGAACUAGAUCAGAACAACAGAAAUAAGAUCCUAAGAUCCCCUAGAACAGCCUUUGAUGGCUGUUGUCAAGUAUUUAUGUCCUGCUGUUCUCCUCUCCUUGCCCUUCGUCUUCCUGGUCAUUUUACUAAGGACACAUGUACAAUCUUUCACUAAGGUCUCUGGAAGAACCUGUAAAUAUUGACGAAGAGGACAAUGCAGAGCCUCAGCAGGCUGAGCAUGUGAGUUCACAGGAAAAACCUCAGUCCUCAGAGAACCGCUGGCUGAAGUAUCUGGAAGGAGACUCAGAAGAACAGGGGAUGGAAGGAGGAGGAGUGUGUUUCAAGACACAGCCCUUGUCCAGGACAGAGAAGACGGACCCUCCCUUUAACACAGGCCUGCCUAGAAAAAGGAAAUGGAUCCAGAGCACAGACCGUCCUCCACACAGCCCUGAUGUCUGGAACCCGAGUGACUCUGAGAUUCCCUUGGAGCCUCAGAAGGACCACACUGGCUUGAUGGGGAAGGUCAAAGACAAAAGCAGUCACAAGGACCGGGGCACCAGGGAGCUUUUUGUUCCUCAGGGGGAUCCUCCACAACCUGCCCACCAUGUCAGGACCAUGCCUUCCAAGUGGGAACAAUUCCUUCAGCCACCUGGAAACAGCCAAUGUGUGGACAUGGAGCCCCCAGUUCCUUUGAAUAGAGACCCUAGGCCAGCCGAGGUGGCACUGACUGAGCAGGGGACCCUUAGGGCCCAGACCCCAAGGGAGAGGUACGUCAGCAGGCCCCACGAUGCACCCGAGCUUCUCUGGCUCACACACACGCUCACAUCCAGCUCCCAGAGCCCCUGCGUAAAGACCACCAAACAGCCAUGGGACACCAAUCCUCUGGCAAAGAGUGGGUCCUUAGCCACAGGGGCACAAGAGCCCCCACUUGUGCAACUGUGUGACCUCUUUAAAACUGGGGAGGACUUUGAGGACCACUUGUGAACUGAAACUAGAAUUUUACUAACAGACAUAUUUGUUGUAUGAGCAAGUUAGACCUCUUGGCCACUGGAAAGGGGGCUCCCCAAGUAGCUUUUAAAUGGUUCCCAUAAAUAGGGGUGCCUGGCUGGCUCAGUUGGAAGAGUGUGUGACUUGAACUCAUCCUGAGAUAAAGUUUCACAUUGGGUGUAGAUUUUUUUUUUUUAAAAGUUCCCAUAAGUGAUCCCCAGUCCUGUCAAGAAAGACACACUACAGGGCACUGGGUGGCUCAGAUGGUUGAGCGUCUCCUCUGGCUCUUUAGUUCAAGCCCCACGUUGGGCUUUGUGCUGUCAGUGCGAAGCCUAGUUUGGCUCCUCUGCCCCCUCUCCUGUCCCUCCCCCUGCUCACACAGGU